AUGUCUGCGAUCGCGGCACUCUCAUUCUCGGGCAUCGUGUAUGCAGAGCCGGGGCAGCGGUUCGAGUUUUGCCCAAACAUUCCUCAUGUGCUCGGACAUGUCGGCAGCUGGAAUCUGACAGCAGUUGACGGCACAGUCCGUCCGCCGGGCUGGAUCGACUUUGAUCGCCGCACGGGAUGCAUACAUGGCCAGCCCUCGCCAGACGCCGUUCCGACCCAGCUCUUCCUGCUCGCCCCGAUGGGCUCGGCCGGCCUGUUUGCGACCCAAGUGACUCUGUGUCUCGGCCACUCGUGCCCACCUUCGAUUCCCACCCUGACCAGGCUCCAGCGCACCGGCAUAUACAUCCAGGACUGUGGAUACAGCCCGCCUCCCAUGGCCAUUGUGGGCCGGCAGUGGAACUACACUUUCCCGCGGAACGUUGUCUUUGGCAAUGCCCUCGUCUACACUGUGCGGAUAUCGCCCGCCGACAGCUGGAUCCGGGUCAGCAGUCUGUUCUUCUCGGGCGUGCCCAGGAAGACUGGAUGGAGCAACGUUGAAGUGCUUGUGCAGGAUGCCGCCAAUGCCUCCGCGCGGCUGCUGCUUGCGGUGCAGGCCAUCGGAGUCGAUUCAAGGCCGCCAGGAACCCUCUCCAGAUCCAGCGCCAAACCAGCAGGAACCCAGCCAGCGAACCCAAAUCCAUUACAGCACCCAGGCACAUCUGUGACGGUCUCUGCUUUUGUAUCGGCGUCGCCAUCUGCAGUCGCACCGCCCGAUGUCGACCACUCGAACAUGGACCAGGGUCUCGAUGACUCGCACUUGAUCGUUGUCGUUGCGGUUCUGUCACUACUGAUUGCUGCUGCCCUUAUCCUUACCCCGUGGGAACAUGCUCUUGCCGAGCAUCGGCUGUCGCCUUUCUAUCCGCCGGCAGUUGACACAUACCGCCGACCGGUCUCGCGGUCGGAUCCGGCCCCGUCGCUGUCGUCGGUGCGAUAUCGCUCCAGGCCGAUUUCGCAGUGGAUGAUCCUGCCAUCGAGCGCGACAGACUCGCAUUCCAACUGGCGGGACUCGGAGACGACCGGCCUCGCGGGGUAUCUGGAAGACUCGUGCUCCUCGCUCUACACGCAAGAGUAG